AUGAUGCGCGCUGUGACUUUUGCCGGUGGUCAUGAGCCCAUUGAGACGCCUCAACUGAGCGGCGGAUACGAAGAGGCUGAGACAGAGAACCCCCCGCAAUCUGAUGAUCUAUCAUCCUCGGAAGAGAUCUGGACCACCACAGGUCAAGCGCCUGAAAGGGAGGGGGCCGGUAUCUUUGACCUGGUGCUCUGCCAAGCUCACCGUGGUGUUGAGGCCCUCUAUGCCGUCCCAUUGGGUGGAAUACGAACACCCAAGACACAAGGAAUCAGCUGGCGGGCGCAGCACAAUACAAUGACCAUUGAAAAUGAGACCCUGGUUCGGCUGAGCCGGCAAACGGAGUUUAAAGGCCACCAGUGGGCUUUUGGUGCCGCACUCUUACCCAAAGCUGAACCGUUCCUGGCUGAUGCCAUGCUUCAAAGACAAGUCUUUGACGAAUGUCCUGUCCAUGCGCACGCCACAGUUCCAACGGCUCAGCUCGCGGGGGAUCCUUGGGUUGUCUGCCCAAUCUGA